CCACGAGAGGACUUUGCUCUCCAUCUUUCUGCAAGUGUUUGGUGGGGUUUUAUCAGAGGGCGAAGGGGAGGAUUUGUGACUUUCAACCCCCUGUAGCCACAAGCAGCUCUCACGGAUCACUUUGUACUUGUUCUGCAGACAGAAAAAUGGUUAUUUUCCAGGCAGACAGCAAAAGAAAAGCAAGGGCAGCCUCUAUGUGAGAGGUUCUUGUAAAGCUCUAAUCAGUAGUGCUGUAAAAGCCUUUUUGAGUGAAUUUUUUCAUUAUGUUUUGUUUAUGCUGCAUCUUGUUGGGGAAAAAAGAUGCAGGUGAGUGUUAAUGCUUUGAUCGAAGGUUAGUUUAUGUUUUUGUAAGGAUGCUCUCUUUACUGGGCUCUUAUCCCUGGCAGGGUAGCUCGGAUUAUUUCCUAACCAGUGGAGACAAGAUUAGAUUCUUCUUUGAGAAAGGUGUUUUGGACAAGAAAGGGAACUUUCUAAUUCCAAAGGAGAAGUCCAUCAGCAAGAUUGGCCAUGCUCUACAUGCUUAUGAUCCUGUCUUCAAGCAAAUCACCCACUCCUCCAAGGUGCAGGAAUUGGGAAGAAAACUAGGCCUUGAGAGACCAGUAGUUGUGCAAAGCAUGUAUAUCUUCAAGCAACCUGGCAUUGGUGGUGAAGUGACACCUCACCAGGAUGCCACCUUCCUGCACACGGAGCCUCUGGGCAGGAUCCUGGGCUUCUGGAUUGCCCUGGAAGAUGCCACACAGGAGAAUGGCUGCCUGUGGUUCAUCCCUGGCUCUCACACCAAUGGAAUUACCCGGAGGAUGGUUCGUGCACCUUCAGGUGCCUCAACAUGUGUGGAGUUUGUAGGGUCAGAGCCAGCCUAUGAUGACAGUCAGUUCAUCCCUCUGCCCAUAAAGAAAGGUGGACUCAUCCUCAUCCAUGGGGAAGUUGUCCAUAAGAGUGAACUGAACAGCUCGGAGUUCUCUCGCCACGCGUUCACCUUCCACGUGAUGGAGGCCAAGGGCACCACCUGGAGCAAGGAGAACUGGCUCCAGCCAACUCCUGAACUGCCUUUUCCAUCACUCUACACUUGAAGUCAGUGACUGGCUGAUCAAUAUUCCUGAUUGUUCCUUCAUGUUCCCCUUAAACAUGACCUCCCCUUAUGGCAGCUCUCAAGGUUAAUUCAUCCUGGGAACAAGGACCUUUGUCACAGCCCAACACGCCUGCAGGAGACAGAACCUCCUGCUGCAGCAGGAGCCCUGUAGUGUGAGAGUAGCCACCCAGUCCUUUCAGUAAGGAAACCUCUUCAGUCUUGAGAACAGACCAGUCAAGACCACUGCACCUUGACUGGGACCAGUUAAGAAGUAUUUCUUCUUGCAGAUUCAGUUUAAGAGCUUAAGUGCAUUUCUUGGCUGUGUUGAUCCCAGCAGUGCAGGUGAACGUGUCAUGGGAAGAAGGUUGACUUUCACCCUUAGGUCUCUGCCCUGUUGUUGGAGUAACAGUGAUUUAAAACAGCCCUGUUGUGGGCAAAAUGAAGCAGGAACUCUGCUUUUUAUAAUCAAUCUUCUAAGUAUUCCCAGCAAACUGUGGUUGAAUGUUUGAUCUCUGGGUGUGUUGAUUAAAAAUAUGACAGUUCUUAAAGAUUUAUGUUGAAAUGGUGGGAGCAAAGAAUCUCAAUCCAACUCCUUGCACUUAAUAAAAGAAUAGAAAUUCUC